UGAUAGUUCCCUGAAACCCCAGGCACCCAAAUCUCUCUCAAUAUCUUCUCUGAUCAAGAGGGGGAUGGAUUCUGAUGAAAGGCCACAGCAAGUAACAGGGGUAGUUAUAAUAACUCUUCCACCAUCUGACAACCCUUCUUUAGGCAAAACAAUCACAGCUUUUACUCUUACUAAUGAUGUUUUUCCUCAAUCCAACCAAACCCAACAACGAGAACAAGAACAAGAACAACAUCUGCCAACAACCCAAACUAUAACAUCACCUCCACAAAACCCUCAACUUGGAUUCUCAUUCUCAAGACUCUUUUUAGAUAACCCGAGAAAGCUAUUAGGCUUUCUGGGUAUCUCCCUUUUAGCUCUUCUUCUUUACAGUUCUGCUUUCUCCAACACUUCGGUAGAAUUAAGGAAUUCCAACAAUGAUGACGAUGAGAAGCCACAGUCUUUUAUCUUCCCUUUGUAUCAUAAAAUGGGGGCUGAUUCAGAGCUCAAGUUGGGGAGGUUUGUAGAUGUUGAUAAGGUGAAUUUGGUGGCUUCAAUUGAUAGUGGUACAAUAGGAACUCAGAAGAUCAACAAAUUGGUGGCUGCUAAUGCUGCUGUAAUUAAUUUAUCUGGUACUAUUUUGCCUGUUAGGGGCAAUGUUUAUCCAGAUGGAUUGUACUUCACGUACUUGCUUGUUGGGAAUCCUCGAAGACCAUAUUUUCUUGAUAUUGAUACUGGAAGUGACUUAACAUGGAUACAAUGUGAUGCUCCUUGCAGCAGCUGUGCCAAGGGAGCCAAUCCUCUGUACAAACCCACGACAGUGAAUAUCGUGGCGUCAAAAGACUCAAUGUGCACAGAGGUACAGAAGAAUCAGAAGCCUCAAAAUUGCAAAACCUGCCAACAGUGUGACUAUGAGAUUGAAUAUGCUGACCGUAGCUCCUCCUUGGGGGUUCUUGCAAGAGAUAAACUUCACCUAGUAACUGCAAAUGGAUCAAUUACCAACUUAGAUGUUGUUUUUGGGUGUGCAUAUGAUCAGCAAGGCAUACUUUUGAACACUCUGUCAAAGACAGAUGGAAUUCUUGGACUGAGCAGGGCUAAAGUUAGCUUGCCUUCACAAUUGGCGAGCAAGGGAAUUAUUAACAAUGUGGUCGGUCAUUGCCUUGCAACAGAUAUAGCUGUUGGUGGAUAUAUGUUCUUGGGUGAUGAUUUUAUACCAAACUGGGGAAUGUCAUGGGUCCCUAUGCUUGGAAGCCCUUCAACAGAAUUUUACCAUACACAAAUUGUGAAAAUCAAUUAUGGAAGUAGCUCCCUCAAUUUAGGAGGACAAGACAGCAACAUUGGAAGAGUUGUGUUUGACAGUGGCAGUUCUUAUACAUACUUCACAAAACAAGCAUAUUUGGAAUUGAUCACUUCUCUGAGCGAGGUUUCCACAUUGGGACUUAUCCAAGAUGCAUCAGAUCCAACACUGCCAAUUUGUUGGCAAGCUCCAUUCCCGAUCAGAUCUCUUAUGGAUAUUAAGCAGUUCUUCAAGACUUUAACCCUUCAAUUGGGGAGCAAAUGGUGGAUUCUUUCCGAGAGGUUUCAUAUUCCUCCAGAAGGCUACUUGAUCAUUAGUAAUAAAGGUAAUGUCUGCUUAGGCAUCCUGGAUGGAAGCAAAGUACAUGAUGGAUCCACAAUUAUACUUGGAGACAUUUCUCUGCGGGGGCAAUUGGUUGUGUAUGACAAUGGGAAACUGAAGAUUGGGUGGACACAAUCAGAUUGUGCCAAGCCAACAAGAUUCAAGAGCCUCCCUUUCUUUGAAGGAUAGUUUGCCUGCUAUAACACUGGACAAUUAUAUGCAUAUCUGUAUAUUCUAAGUUUAGACUAAAAUUUUCUCACGUGAUGCUCUACUCUACAUCUGCACUUUUUUACUUGCAGCUACUUCUGGACCAAAAGUUGCUCAUCUUCCGUUGUUUUUCUUUUUGGUACAUUUUCAUCUCUUCGACCAAAAAUAAAAAUUGCAAUCCUUAACUACUGAACAAUCAUUGAAUGACCUGUGUGUACACCGUCAAUAAAUCACGAAUUUAUUGAUUUAUUUUUAGAAUAUGCCAGAACAUAGAACUUUUUACCAACUCAUUUAGCGCCCCAAUGAGACGGAAAAAAGAAGUUAUGAUUUUUUUUUUUUUUUAAGAGUUCUUUUUUAGUGUAAUUUUUUAAUUCAACUAGUGAAAUUAAGGGAUAUUAUAUGUUUUUUUAAAUAUUUUCUUAUUAUACUUCAAAGAAUCUAUGUUACU